ACAAACGCAGCCGAGGCCCCCGGCGGUGUGACGUGUAUUGGCGGCGCCUCGUCGGUCCCGGGUCAGGCUAGAGGACAGUAAACAUGGCGCUGAGGCUCAUCCGGCUGGUCGUCCCGUCCGGAGCGGCGGCUCUCACCGGGGCGGCGGCCUCUCAGAAGGCCGGUGUACACACAAGCUGCGUUAGAAGUCUGCGUUACGGCUGGUGGGCUUACGCGCUCGGCGAGCGGACGACGCCCCGAUUCAAGGAGUACAGCAAAAUCUUCGCUGUCGAUGGCAACUUGGCCUCGGGGAAAGGAGCCCUCGCCCAGAAGCUGGCGGACAAGCUGGGGAUGCUCUACAUGCCCGAACCGGACACGUUUUACUUGGACAAGAUGACUGAGGAGAAGACGCCCCUCGCUGUUGACUUCAACGGGAUGUGCAGCCUGGAGAAGUUCUACCUGGACCCCAAGGCUGCCGACGGGAACUCGUACCGGCUGCAGGUGUGGAUGUACAACAUGAGGCUGCUGCAGUACUCCAACGCCAUCGAACACCUACUCACCACAGGGCAGGGCGUGAUCCUGGAGCGCUCCCCCUUCAGUGACAUGGUGUUUUUGGAGGCCAUGUACAAACAGGGCUACGUCAGGAAGGAGUGCGUGGACCACUACAAUGAGAUCAAAGGCAUCAGCCUCUGCGAGUUCCUGCCUCCACACCUCGUCAUCUAUGUGGAUGUGCCGGCUGACGAGGUGCAGAAGAAACUGAAGCAGAGUGGCAAGUCAUAUCUUCAGAAUGUGUCCCUGCCGUAUCUGAAGACUAUUGAGGAUUCCUACAAGAAGUCUUUCCUGCCCAAAAUCAGUGAAAGUGUAGAGGUGCUCGCUUACGAUGCAACCCAAGCACAAGAUGUCGAACGGGUGGCAGAAGACAUUGAGUAUUUGAAAUUUGAUAAAGGACCGUGGCUGGAGCAGGAUGAUGUCACCUAUCACCACAUGAGGAUGCUGGUGGAAGACAAACAGAGGGUGGCAUCUCUGACCUGCAUACCCAAAUUCCUGCCAGAAAUCACCAUCGGGGCUCACGACUAUGAUGAAAAAUACUAUGCCUAUAGAUCGCUCCCUGGUAAGAAUUACGCACCUGGAUAUAAUGAGGAUGUAGGAGACAAAAACAUCUGGCUGAAGUGAGCGAGGCGACCGGCUCUGGUGUCGACGUCAGUGAUCCUGUCAACAGCCAUCCGACCAUUAUCGCCUGUAUGAUCUGCCCCAUGGGCGGACAACUCAUCCAGAUUUGUUCCAGUUGUUGUCUUCUGUUUUCCAACUGUGCACAUCACAGAGAAUCUGUACAACCUAAAUAGUAUGUAUGUAUUAAAAAUAUAAAUAAAUUUUGAAACUCAGAAA